AUCCACUUUUUCUUACAUCCACAUAUUUAUGAUUGCAUUCACAUUUUGCCAACACAACACUAACAGCUGCUGAAAAAAUCUGGUCAGAAAAUAAAUCACGUCCCCCACGAUGGACACUGUUGAAGAACUUAAGGCUCGUGUUCUAGAACUUGAAAAUGAGGUGGCCGAACUUAAAGGGACCUCCACGAGGGGAAGAAUCGAUAAGAUGUCGGCUGAAGUUGUAGACUCGAAUCCUUACAGUCGACUUAUGGCCUUGCAAAAGAUGGGAAUUGUUAAAAAUUAUGAAGAUGUGAGAACUUUUACUGUCGCCGUUGUCGGCGUUGGGGGAGUUGGCUCGGUCACGGCUGAAAUGUUGACAAGAUGCGGAAUUGGAAAGUUGAUUCUUUUCGAUUACGAUAAAGUGGAACUUGCAAAUAUGAAUCGGCUUUUCUUCCAACCUCAUCAAUCUGGACAAUCAAAAGUAGAGGCGGCUAAGAACACGCUGCAAUCUAUUAAUCCUGAUGUUGAAAUUGAGAUUUAUAACUACAACAUCACAACGGUGGAUAAUUAUGACGACUUUGUGUCCAGGUUGGAAACUGGGUCCAAAACUAAAGGGCAGAUUGAUUUAUUAUUAAGUUGUGUGGAUAAUUUUGAAGCGAGAAUGACAAUUAAUAAUGCAUGUAAUGCCAUUGGCCUUAAUUGGUUUGAGAGUGGGGUUGCCGAAAAUGCGGUGUCUGGACACAUUCAAUUUAUCAUCCCUGGAAAAUAUGCCUGCUUUUCUUGUGCACCUCCUCUAAUUGUAUCGACAAAAAUGGAUGAAAAAAUGUUAAAGAAGGAAGGAGUUUGUGCAGCCAGUUUGCCUACGACGAUGGGAAUUGUUGCUGGUCUGCUUGUUCAAAAUUCACUAAAAUAUUUGCUAAAAUUCGGAGACGUAUCAACAUACGUCGGAUACAAUGCAUUGGAAGAUUAUUUUCCAACAAUGACUUUAAAGCCAAAUCAGAAUUGUGAUGACUCCAAAUGUAUCAAAAAGCAAGCAGAGUAUCAGCUCUACAUAAAAGAACAUCCGGAAGUAUUGAUUGAGGAAGUAAAGGAGGAGACUGAAGUUGUGCACGAGGACAACGAUUGGGGAAUAUCUUUAGUGGAGUCUGACCCCACUAAUGAAGAAGUGUCAGAGGAAACUAGCUUAAAUCUCGUUCCUGGUCUAAAAGUUGCCUACGACAUUCCAAGCAAACCUCUGAAAGAGAGUCAUCAAGAGGUGGAACUUGAUGACGACGCAGGUGAAUCUUUGGACGAAUUGAUGAAUAGAAUGAAAAACAUUUAAUGCAUUAAAAAAAUGGAAAUUUUAUAUAUUUAAAUUGCGAUGUUUAAUCUUUGGUUAUUUUUACACACAUAAAUAAAUAAUUGCUGAUUAUUUGACGUUAGUUAA